GACGGAAGAAGUUUAACUUUGGGGGGGUGAAACUUUCAGUUUGCGCCACUUGCUGUCCGUCAACAGGGGCUAGCGUAGCAGGUGCCAGGCUGUCCAGCUGAUCCAGGUAGUCUUUAGACGUGGUGUGCCGGUGUUUGUGUGUGGAGCAGGUUAGCUAGCAGCGAGUGAAGAUGAGGUUCAGCGCUGUGUUCGUGUGUGUGUUCCUGCUCUGGGCUGAGGGGUCUUUGGGGGACACGCCAGCUAACUGCACCUACGAGGACCUCCUGGGGACAUGGGUGUUCCAGGUGUCCAAAGGAGGGCACGACAAGACCGUCAACUGCUCUGUUGAAGCCACAGGUGAGAGCACAGUGACUGUGACCCUGGAGAAGCUGUCCGUAGCCACAGAUGAGCUGGGGAACACGGGCUUCUUCACCCUCAUCUACAACCAGGGCUUCGAGGCGGUCCUCGGUGGCUACAAAUGGUUUGGCUUUUUCAAGUACACCCAGGAGGGCUCGAAGGUGACCAGCUACUGUGACCAAACCCUGCCAGGAUGGGUCCACGACGUCCUGGGACGAAACUGGGCCUGUUUUGUGGGCAAGAAGGUGAAGGCUGUGCCGCCCAGAUCAGAUUUCAAGCCCGUCUUCAGCAGCGGACUGCUGCCAAAGCCGUACAAACACAACCUGGACUUCAUCACUUUAAUCAACACAGUUCAGAGCUCCUGGAAGGCUGUGGCGUAUCCCGAGCACGAGAUGUACACCCUACGAGAGCUGCAUUACAGAGCGGGGGGCCCUGCCUCCCGUAUCCCCGUACGUGUCCGCCCUGCCCCCGUGGAAGCCGGUUUAGCCAAGAUGGCCGCAGCUCUGCCUGAGCACUGGGAUUGGAGAAACGUUAAUGGCGUCAACUUUGUUAGCCCUGUGAGGAAUCAAGCAUCCUGCGGUAGCUGCUAUUCCUUCGCCACCAUGGGAAUGCUGGAAGCUCGAGUUCGGAUCCUCACAAACAACAGCGAUGCCCCCGUCCUCAGUCCCCAGCAAGUGGUCUCCUGCUCUGAAUACUCCCAAGGCUGUGAUGGCGGCUUCCCUUACCUGAUUGGGAAGUAUGUGCAGGAUUUCGGCAUCGUGGAUGAGUCCUGCUUCCCGUACAUUGCGGCGGACUCUCCCUGUGGCGUUCCUCAGAACUGCGGCCGAAUGUACACAGCAGAGUACGGGUAUGUGGGCGGAUUCUACGGCGGCUGCAGCGAGACGGCCAUGAAGUUGGAACUGGUCAAGAACGGACCGAUGGCAGUCGCUCUGGAGGUCUACCCCGAUUUCUUGCACUACAAGGAGGGCAUCUACCACCACACAGGCUUCAGAGACUCCGUUAAUCCCUUCGAGCUGACCAACCAUGCCGUCCUGCUGGUGGGCUACGGCCGCUGCCACAAGACCGGACAGAAGUACUGGAUUGUCAAGAACAGCUGGGGCAGCGGGUGGGGCGAAGACGGCUACUUCCGAAUUCGCCGGGGAAGCGACGAGUGUGCCAUCGAGAGCAUCGCCGUCGCAGCCAAGCCCAUCCCUAAGCUGUAGAAGCUUUUUAAGUCAAGAUCAGUAGAAAUUAGUGCCUUGAUCACAAUUCUGAAUCAUUUAAAUUAAAUGUAUUCUGUUUUUAAUCUGGGUUGAAAAUACGGAGCUGUAAUUGGUCACAUGGAUGCCUGUGGUCUGGCUCCCUCUUUCGUGCGAGACAGGUUGACCUAACACAUGCAUAGAUGCAUGAAAAGCUACUGAUUGAAGUUUUUUUUUUUCUCAAACCAGACUUUGAUCAAAUCCUCUCAAUGUGUUCAGCGUUUCAAACAUAUUAAACCUAAAAAAAACAAGUAGCAUUAUUUAUCAGUUUUCAAAUUCUGAAAUGAAAGACUUGUAGCUAAGGACAAAAUGAAACCCGGUGCAGAAACACUCCCGAAUGAAAGGUUUUAAAACACAGCCAAAGAUUUUUUUUUUUUUUUAAAGUUGCUCCACACACUAUUAAUUUACAGCCUCUUCUAAAUUUUAAGAAGCUGGAUACAGUUGAUUUUCUUCUUGGUGUUGAAUGUAGUGUUUUUAUCCAGUAGUCCUGUAUGUUUGUUGAUUGUUAAUGCGGUUGGUUGUUAUCCUCCUCCUAAAUCCAUGCUGAAACUGUCUCCACAAACAGGAAAAAAUGGACGCUGUGACCGGUUUUAACCUCUAUUUUGAACAUUUUAAAAGGGAAAUUAUUUGUCUGAGUGUGAUUAUCCAGUGUCAGGUGCAGGACUUUGAUUUUUCUCCGUCUCAGGGAAGCGCUGCGGAGAAUUGACGCAUAUCUUUAGUCCCUGCUUCCAAUCGACAUCAUUGCCGCCCUGUUUCACUGUGGAUUGUUCCCUGUGGAGCAUUUAAAGGGAAUUGCUUUCAAUAAAGGGAUUCAACACAU